UAAGAGCACGCGCGCUGUCUCGUGCCGCAGUUGUGGAUGGGUGAAGGAAGCGGUGAGGCUGUGGAGGAUGGCGGAGCACUAAAAAAUUAAACCGAGUUUCGCGAAAGCAUCACAGAAAAGCCGCGUAGAGUUUUCUUCCUGAAGGGAAUUUAUCCGUUACAAGGGCAUCGGCCCCGCACUCCAGCUGCCAGCAUGAUGAAAGAGUGCCUGCAGUUCCUCAUCGAGCCAGCCAAAAAGCUCAAGAUCCGACUCAAGGAGUCUCGCAAAAAAGUGAAGCUUGAGAAGAAGGAGCCUCUGGUGGAAAGUCAGUUGUUUAUUAUGGAGCUGGCCCGGGAACUCAACAGAAUCUGCCAGAGAUCAAAUAUCCUGUGUCACAUCUGGACCGGAGAGGACAUCUGGACAGCCAGCGUGUGCCGGGAGUUCAUCGUGGAAUGGGCUGCUGUGCUGGAGAAAAGAGUGCAGCCAAGGACAAUCACAUCAGACUACCAGUAUGAGAAGUCUGAGAAGAAGGACUGGAAGGGACACCUUCUUUGCAUGCUUGAGGGAGGCGGCGAGUACGACAUGGGCCCCCAUAAACGGGUCAUCAUGGAUUGGACCCGGAAUAUUAAAGGCAGACCUCAGCCCACUGUGUGGCCAGGUGAGCCUGUGCUCAUGAUGCUGGAUGACCUGGAGUUCCAGUGGAAGAGGGGCCGUCUGCCCAACCUGUUCCCGGCCAUGGAGCUCGUCAUGCUGGCCGUGCUGAACGCCGACAGCCCCAUAAAGGUGGAUGUGACAAAGCAGUGGCUGGUGAAGAAGCAGAAAAGUCAGAACAUUGACGCUGUGCGCUACAUUCCCCACGGCGUGUGGAACUGGAUUUGUGAUGCAGCAGAGGACGUCACCCUGGACUCCGAAUCGGCCCACUCAGGCCUGCUCAUCUCAGAUGAUGAAAAACGAAUGCGGUGCGGCCUGGAGCGCCGCGACAUCCCACGAUGCCCCCGACGCUUCGAUGGCUGGUGGUGUGCUGUGGGCCAGGAGGGCUACGCCUCUGGACGCCACUACUGGGAGGUGGAGGUGGGCGAGCGGGACUGGCGGCUGGGAGUGGCCAAAGCCUCGGCCGUGAGGCAGGGCUUCUGCUCGCUGAACACAGAUACGGGAUACCUGACCCUCCGUCUGGAGAGAGGCACAGAUUUGAAAGCCCUGACGGUGCCCGCUACGCCUUUACCUCAAAGCCUGGUGCCCAGGAAAGUCGGCAUUUAUCUGGACUAUGAGCAGGGCCAGCUGUCCUUCUACGACGUGGAGAAGCGCUCCCACCUGUACACCUAUACCGAGAAGUUCACAGAGGAACUGUACCCUGUUUUUGGGACUGUGGAGGUGGUCAAAGACCUGGUGAUCAGGCCUGCUGAUGCGAAACAGCGGUGCCUGUGCCCGGGGCCCUGCCUCUGGAACUGAAACGGAUCAGUCCUAAUCCUCGGCAGCUCACAGAGCUCACGCUUUUAUUCUACUGAUUUAGAAUCGCGUGGCUGUUUCUGGACUAAAAGUCUUUCUGUGAGGUGCCUCGUCAAAUCCCAAACAGGAACUGCUCUUCUUUCGACAUGUCCAUCUGCUAAACACUUUCCUGUUACUCUGCCUUCAUAGAAACAUACAGUAUCUGAUUCUUUAUAUUUUAAAAAUGAGCAUUUAAAGAAUGAACAACGUUUUUCCCCAUGGGUUUAAACUCCUCUCAAACUUCAUUGGAUAAAGUUGGGGAUCAGUUUAAACCUGUAAUGUUACAUCCAUUCAUUUUUUUUUUUACAUUUUUUUUAAUUGUUGAUGACAAAUAAACAUUAAAAAGUUACAGCAUGAGCGCACUGUGAAUGAUGAUACUUUUAGCUUCAGUGCAGUGAAACAGUGCCGCUGACGAGGCAGAUAUUUGCAGAGCGGGCUGCCGCAUGCCUCUAGUUGAAUUAUAGAUUAUUUGAAUUCUUUGUCUCAAGCUUCCUGCAAACAUUUUUCAGGCAUGAGCUUGUUUUUGCAGCUGUGUUUUUGUUUAUUUGUGCUAUAUAAGACAUGGCAAUGCUUUCCUCUCUCUAGCUCAAUAAAUCUUACUAUUAAUUCCAGAAA